AUUCCCGGAACAGGAAGUACCUGCGCUUUGCUGCUGACGUUGGUGCUAUACGAACUAGCGAUGGCGUUCACAGAUCAGUCCGUCUUAGACCCAACUGAUAAAGAAACUUGGGAGAAACUGUCGUUGUGGGAUCGCCGCACGGAUGCGAUGGCUCCCCUUACGGAGAAGCAAAUGGACUCUGUCCUGGAGCUCAGAGCCGCAACUGAAACAGUCUCUGUCCCGUCAGAGUUGCCCAUUGAGGACUUGGGCAGCCUUUCGUCGAGGUCCUUGCAGUCUCCCUUCACAGCGACUGUCCCCGCUUCGACAGAGGACGUCCUUCUCAAGGGUUUCCAGAUGCUGGACAUGGAGAAUGACAGGAUAGAAACAGCACAACAGUUUUUUGCCUGGUUUGCCAAGUUACAGACAAACAUGGACCAGGAUGAGAACGUGAAAUACAGGAAAACCAGAGAUGAUCUGAACUGCUACCAGGAGCAAUGCGAUGCUAUUCUGAAAGAUGUCAGUGCUGCUCUGGAGCACUUGGACUCCCUUCAGAAACAAUAUCUGUUUGUGUCCAAUAAAACUGGCACCCUCCAUGAGGCCUGUGAACAGCUCCUGAAAGAGCAGUCAGAGCUUGUUGACCUGGCGGAGAGCAUACAGCAGAAACUGUCGUAUUUUAAUGAGCUAGAAAACAUCAACACGAAACUGAACUCGCCAACCUUGUCUGUAAAUAGUGAAGGCUUUAUACCAAUGCUGUCGAAAUUGGAUGACUGCAUUGAAUAUGUUUCUUCACAUCCCAAUUUCAAGGACUAUCCAGUUUAUUUGGCUAAGUUUAAACAGUGUCUUUCUAAAGCUAUGCACUUCAUGAAGAUCCACAUUGUAAACACUAUGCAGAAUCUCACAAGCCAGUUAACGAAAAGGGAUCCUAUGAACCUAACCAACGCUGACAACGCCUUUACACUUUAUUAUGUUAAGUUUAGAGCAGUCGCACCUAAAGUUAGAUCACUAAUUGAGCAAAUAGAGCAGCGAGCAGAGAAGAUUCCAGAAUACCAUCAGCUCCUAGAUGAAAUCCAUCAGUGCUACCUUGACCAGAGGGAGCAGCUCCUCAGUCCCAGCAUUACAUCCACCAUUACUGACCUGACCAACCAAAACAGCAAAGACCACUGUGCUCUGGUUCGCAGCGGCUGUGCCUUCAUGGUUCACGUGUGCCAGGAUGAACACCAACUGUACAAUGAGUUCUUUUCCAAACCUACACCUAAACUAGACGAGCUGCUAGAGAAGUUGUGUUUGUCCCUCUAUGAUGUCCUCCGGCCUCUUAUCAUUCACAUCAUCCACCUGGAAACCCUGUCUGAGCUCUGCAGUAUACUCAAGAAUGAGAUGCUGGAAGAUCAUGUUCAUAACAAUGCUGCUCAGUUGGGGGCCUUUGAUGCAGUGGUGAAGCAGAUGCUGGAGGAUGUUCAGGAGAGGCUGGUCUACAGGACUCACAUUUACAUCCACACUGAUAUCACAGGCUACAAACCCGCUCCAGGGGAUCUGGCCUAUCCUGAGAAACUGGAGAUGAUGGAGAGAAUUGCUCAGAGUUUGAAGGAAGAGCAGAUGAAGCAGACGUCACAGGAAUCCAUGUUUUCUGACGUUCAACUAGAGGAUCCUGAUCGCAGACGAAACAGUAACGUCGGGAAUGUAGAAGCAUCAAGCCUACAGACGUCGAUCUCUCCUGCUGAUCUGCACGGCAUGUGGUACCCCACUGUCAGACGAACGCUUGUCUGUCUGUCCAAGCUCUACAGAUGUAUAGAUAGAGCAGUCUUCCAGGGUUUAUCUCAAGAAGCCUUAUCUGCCUGCAUCCAGUCUCUGCUUAAAGCUUCAGAUAUCAUCCUUAAAAACAAGACGCAAAUAGAUGGGCAACUUUUCCUGAUCAAACACCUGCUGAUAUUGCGUGAACAGAUUGCCCCAUUUCACACCGACUUUGCCAUCAAGGAAAUCUCACUGGACCUGAAGAAAACACGAGAUGCUGCCUUCAAAAUCCUGAACCCGAAGGCUGUUCCAAAAUUCUUCCGACUUAACAGUCACAACGCCAUACUUGAAUUCCUGUUGGAGGGAACACCGGAGAUAAAGGAGCACUACAUUGACUCUAAGAAAGAUGUGGACCGACACCUGAAGUUCAGCUGUGAGCAGUUCAUCCAGCAGCAGACUCAGAUCUUUGUGGGGAACCUUGAGGAGUUUCUCACCAAGGUCGCAGCUCUUAAAACUAUGGCUAUCCAAGGUGGUCCCACGUACAGUCUGUCUCAGCAACCUUGGGCACAACCAGCAAAGAUCAACGAUAUAGUGAUGGCUACCUACCGGGUGAUGAAGAGCAAGCUGCCAAGCACUUUACAGAGCAUGUCCUUGUACUUAGCCAAUAGAGACACAGAGUUCAUCCUUUUCAAGCCUGUCCGGAAUAACAUCCAGCAGGUAUUCCAAAGACUGCACGCCUUACUUCAGGAGGAAUACAGCGGAGAAGACCUUCAAAUCAUCGCAUGCCCAUCUACAGAGCAGAUUAACCUACUGCUGUCUGUGAAUAAGUAAUGUCCAAGUUAGACGUGAUGAUGCAGGUGAGCACUCCUUCGGAUGGCAAUAUGAUUCCUCAACUCUGACCAGAGAACAUCUACUUGAGGUGCAAGCUGGACUGGGAGUACUGAACUUAAAGCAAAAAAAACAAAAACAAAAACAAAAAAAAAAAAAACCCAACAAAUCCUGCACAAGGCCAAAGAUUCUCUAACAGAAGCGUACGUAAUUACAAGUAUGUUGAGGUUCAGGUAUUCAAGUCCAUAAUAAAAUGGGAAGUGGAAGUUUCUGGGGGGUACUGACUCGAUCAAUUUGUUCAACUCAAAUUGAAGGUUCUGUUGGGGGUGGUGAGGGUUGUUUACUUGUAGCAGAAAUCCAUUUUGACAAGAGUGGAUUUGUGAUCAUGGUUGCAUCCCCCUUAACAUCAGAUUGUUUUGAAUCAAAAUAAUUUGCACAAUAUGUGAGGGUGGGAGUGAAAAACAUUUAGAGUGUUCAGUCAAGGACACUUGGGUUGUUCGUAUAGAGGCACUAAAGGGUUGUUCAUCAGACAGGUAGCUAAUGGCCAGUAAGGGGGCUCGUAUUCAUAUGCAAGGAUUCCCCUGACGGUUUUGGGAGGAUAACGGGAGAAAAAUGCUGCAAAAUAUUUUAUUCUUCUAUUUUAAAAUGUAACAUUCAAUAAAAAUGUAUGGUGGUCUGGUGUGUUAUAGGACCCUCAGGUCCAACAGCUUUCCCAUCCCUGAUAUAAUGGCAAAAUCCACACAGCUGUUCUUUAUUUGUCAGAUGUUUUCUUUAAGAAGAAAUACGUUUUUGUUAUUAUCUUGAAAAUCUGUUAAAAAAAUACAUUGAAAUCUGAUGUUUUAUACUUUUUUCUUUUUAUAAACACAUUGAUCAAAACUAAUAUACUUUUACUUUUGGACUAUUGACCUUGGCAGUUUUGCACUGUAGACUGUAUGAUUUAUGGGUGUGUUUCCUAGCGGUCCUCACAGAGUAACAAAAAGUGACAGGACACUGUCAAUGUAAUAUUUGCUUUGGUGUGUGUCCCCUGUAAAAUGAUGUGUACAGUUAUACUAUUUAUGAACAUUCUGAUUAAAAAAAAAGAAAAGAAGGUUAAA